AUGGAUCCUCUUUCUUCAGCGGCGAGUGUUAUCGCGGUCAUUCAACUGACAGGAAGCCUCGUGAAGCUUUGCGGAGGCUACAUUCAAGAGGUGAAAGAUGCGCGGCACGAAAUUUCCACCUUGCAACAGGCGAUUACAGGCCUCCAAGGGACACUCCAAGACCUGCAUAAAUUCCUUCAAAGCAACGAAGGAAAGGUUCUACCGACCGCCUCACGACUAGUCAGCAAUAUCACCGAUUGCCUCUCCGACCUCCGAGCCUUAGAAGCGAGACUUGAUCCGGGAAAGAAAAAGAAGCUGAUGAGGAAAGUAGGAUUGCGAGCCUUAAGGUGGCCCCUGAAGCGCGCAGAGAUGGAAGGCGUUAUUCAGAACCUCGAGAGACAUAAAUCUUCAUUCCUCUUGUCUUUACAGGUGGAUCAGACUGCUCUCAUGGUCAGCGUCGCUCAGGAUAUGGAUCUUGUGAAGUUGGAAGGUGCGAUAGAGGCAGGUUUUGAGUCAUUCUCCGAUCGAGACGAAGUCCAAUGUCUCCAAGGCACUCGGACCGAGCUCCUCCAGCAGAUAAUGGAAUGGGCUAUGUCGCCGUCCCAAAAAUGCAUUUUCUGGUUAAAGGGAAUGGCUGGGACAGGAAAAUCCACAGUAUCUCGGACUGUGGCAAGGUUGCUCAAGGACACCAAUUAUCUAGGUGCCAGCUUCUUCUUUAAGAGGGGUGAAGGAGACCGAGGGAACGCGAAGAAGUUUUUUCCUACACUAACAAGGCAACUGAUGCUCAGGAUUUCUGAGCUGAGGUCUGGCGUGCAAAAGGCACUCCGAGAUGACCCUGACAUUGCAUCAAAGUCGCUCAGGGAGCAGUUUGAGAAACUGCUCCUUCAACCGCUGCUCAACCUUGACCAACUUGGUCGACAACCUCAAACCGCUAUGAUAGUGAUCGACGCCUUGGACGAGUGUGAACAUGAUCAAGAUGUCCGAAACAUAAUUCGAUUACUGCCUCUUCUCCAGCAGGCAAAAGCGGUUCGCCUUCGGAUCUUCUUGACUAAAAUUGGUCACUAUGUCCGUUCCAUUGUUUAUUUCGGCUGCAACCGUAUGCCGUUACAUCGAAAAUUCAAAGUGGAACCCAAAUUGCGCCUUGCAGAGCUUCUUACGGACCAAGCUAAAUACGUGUCGAGAAUGGACAAGACAUACCUGCCAAUUCUGACGCGACUUCUUGGCGAUCAAGAGUGUGAUGAAUCGGAGCAGAAGCAGCUCCUGAACGAGUUCCAGGAAAUAGUCGGUGUCAUCAUCCUUCUUGCUGUUCCGCUUUCUAUUAAUUCACUGUCAAUGUUUCUUGGGAUAGGAACAGGCCAGAUCAGCAAUCGAUUGGAUUCAUUCCGCUCUGUUUUGAGUAUUCCCGGUGACCGAGAUCGGCCCGUUCGGAUUCUACAUCUAUCAUUUCGGGAUUUUUUAGUCCGGUCGAACAGCAAAUUUUUUGUGGAUGAGCGAAGGAAGCACAAAGAAAUUGCUCACUGCUGUCUCAAAACCAUGCAACGUCAUCUAAGGAAAGAUAUCUGCAAUCUCGCAAAUCCUGGGGCGUUACUCUUGUCGCUACUGGAUACACCAUCUCGAGCAAAGUCAGGAUCUAUCUUCCGGAUAGAAGAUGUGCUACUAUUCCUCCGGAGGCAUUUUCUGCAUUGGCUAGAGGCGAUGAGUCUGCUAGGUCUUAUAUCGGAGGUAGUGGGUAUGCUUGAUCUCCUCCACAUGGGCGACGAAAAUUCUGUAUUGUCGGAUUUUCUGCGUGAUGGAAGGCGCUUUGUUCUGAAAAAUCACCAAAUCGCCGGUGAAGCACCACUUCAAAUUUAUUGCGCAGGGCUAGUGUUUGCACCUCGAACGACAAUGAUUCGUAGAGAGUUCAAGUCGGAGCUUCCAAGUUGGAUACGCCAGUUCCCGCAAAUUAAUGAAAAAUGGAGUGCAGAAUUACAGACCCUCGAGGGCCAUUCGGGCAGGGUUUACUCGGUGGCCUUCUCGCCCGACGGCCGGCUGCUGGCGUCUGGCUCUGACGAUCAGACAGUGCGGCUCUGGGACACGGCGACGGGCAGCCUACAGCAGACUCUCGAGGGCCAUUCGGGCAGGGUUUACUCAGUGGCCUUCUCGCCCGACGGCCGGCUGCUGGCGUCCGGCCCUCACGAUCAGACAGUACGGCUCUGGGACCCGGCGACGGGCGGCCUACAGCAGACUCUCGAGGGCCAUUCGGGCUGGGUGAACUCGGUGGCCUUCUCGCCCGACGGCCGGCUGCUAGCGUCUGGCUCUAACGAUCAGACCGUGCGGCUCUGGGACACGGCGACGGGCAGCCUACAGCAGACUCUCGAGGGCCAUUCGGGCAGGGUUUACUCAGUGGCCUUCUCGCCCGACGGCCGGCUGCUAGCGUCCGGCUCUAACGAUCAGACCGUGCGGCUCUGGGACACGGCGACGGGCAGCCUACAGCAGACUCUCGAGGGCCAUUCGGGCUGGGUUCACUCGGUGGCCUUCUCGCCCGACGGCCGGCUGCUAGCGUCUGGCUCUAACGAUCAGACCGUGCGGCUCUGGGACACGGCGACGGGUGGCCUACAGCAGACUCUCGAGGGCCAUUCGGGCUGGGUGAACUCGGUGGCCUUCUCGCCCGACGGCCGGCUGCUGGCGUCUGGCUCUGACGAUCAGACAGUGCGGCUCUGGGACACGGCGACGGGCAGCCUGCAGCAGACUCUCGAGGGCUAUUCGGGCAGGGUUUACUCGGUGGCCUUCUCGCCCGACGGCCGGCUGCUAGCGUCUGGCUCUCACGAUCAGACCGUGCGGCUCUGGGACACGGCGACGGGCGGCCUACAGCAGACUCUCGAGGGCUAUUCGGGCAGGGUUUACUCGGUAGCCUUCUCGCCCGACGGCCGGCUGCUAGCGUCCGGCUCUGACGAUCAGACCGUGCGGCUCUGGGACCCGGCGACGGGCGGCCUGCAAGAGACCUUGACCACUAAGGGAAUCGUCAACGAACUCGACUUUUCUCAAGAGGGUUCAUAUCUAAUCACCAACUUAGGCACCCUCGAUGUUCAAUCCGGGCACGAAAAUCUUGCCUCUAAUUCAACCCAUAAGAGUCGGGCGAUCUUCAUUAAGCAAGGACGGUGGAUCAACAUGAACGGCAAAAAUGUACUCUGGCUUCCUCCUGACUUUCGGCCUACGUGUUCCGCGAUUAGUGGGGAUUCACUUGCCUUAGGACACGAAUCAGGACGGGUUUCUUUCCUAAGAUUUCGUCUAUAG